CAGUUACAAGAGCGCUUCCACCUAUUGUAGGGAGAGCAGCUUGUGCAUCCCCCAUCGUUGUUCAAAGAGUAAUGGCGAUGCGCCAAUCAACACCGAAUAUACAGAGACGUGAUUUUUCGCUAAUCGGGUCCAUUCUUCAAUUUGCUAUAGAUGCUACGAUCAUAACAUCAUCGAUGUCUGUACUGCGUCGAACGAUCGGACUUGAUAUGCACCAAUUCGCCCAAACAAUUCGACAACCCGAAAUUCGCAGAGUCACACUCAACUAUCUUGAUUUUGGAGAGCGGUGUAUAGACAAGAUUAUUAGUUUGAAGGACUAUACUCCACGAUAUGGUAAUCCUCCGGAUCAAUCGUAUAAUCGUUGGGAUCAACAAAGACGGGAUAGAAAUGACAAAAAUCAGUAUUACUAAAA